AUGGAGACGACCGCAGAAGCAGACGACGACCCGCGGGCGUGGUCGAUCGACCGAGUUGUCUAUGAACUGUGCCACGCACCCAAUCCACAAUGGUUGCCUUCUGCCAAUUCUCAGUACAAGCAGAAUCGCCAGGCGCUUGAGCCUACCUUCCGGCAGAAUGAUAUUGAUGGAGACAGUUUUCUGACCCUUGAGAUGCCGGCUUUGAAGGAAGAACUCGGAAUUGUCUCAUACGGCAUCCGGAAUGUCAUCAUGAAAGCUAUCAAUUUCUUUCGAGCCAAGUCCAGAAGUUAUCAGCAGAUGUUGUUCCAAGUGGACAAUAUUGCCAGGAUGCAGUCCAUCACAUUUCCGUCUCCUCAGAUCACGCACCCACGUUUCUCGGCAGCCCCCCAGUCACCCGUAUACUACGGCAUGGGCAUUGGGAUCGGUCACCCUUCCCUUGAGCCCCGUCAUACCCCUUCACCUUCGCUUGCCAGCGGUUUCGGGCAACAGCGAGCUCCGCCGCCGCCACCACCACCUCCUCCUGCUGACCAGCCACCACCUUCCGGGCCGGAGCUCAUGGCACCUAGACUUACAGACAAAUCCCACACAAGUACGGAUCUCGCGCACAUACCUGCGACUAAACCGAUUCAGGAGUUGGAACCGAGCUCUGCUGCGGCACCUCGCGCCGAAGAGGCCGGUUCCAAGACAGGAAACGAAACGCAGCCAUCUGCCCCAUUACCCAGAGACCAACAGUCUCCAAAAGCAAGUGGCAAGAAGAGGAUUGCACCGACUCUCAUUAGCGACCUACCCGAGAACGCCCCUCCGAGAUCAAAUGACGAAGGCUACCUUGCAGAAGAUGCAGUUCCUAUACAGGAUAUAUUCUACUACAAGAGAUCGACAACCAUAGAGGGCGAUGAAACUUAUCGUGUUCCUCUUGAUGAAAACCGGCAAUUUGACGUUUCGAUCCGAGUCCCGAGUGGCCAGCGACGUGCAGUCGCCCGCCUUAUGAGAUCCUUCCUCCACCGUGGAACAGAGGUACUGCCUAGCAGUGGAUUGCGCGUCAGGGUGCCUUACGACGAGUCACUGGUCAAGGGUCCUUUCUCGAGUCAGUACUUUACGUUGUUCUUGCCAGGCAGCCAGCUGCCUCAGGUGCGCAGCGUAGAAGAGUAUCCGGAGCUGAAGGCUCUGAACUUGAGCAAGGUUCGUGAGGGACGACGAUCUGUCUCGAGCAUCACUCGCGAAGCACACCACGCCAACGUCGCAGACGAUGGAACCGUGAGUGUUCGGGGAGGAGUAGUUGGCUCUGACUUGGACUAUCUUCUCGACAAGUAUCCCCCUCAGGACUUGGAUGAGGGCCUCCCGCUCUACGGCGACUCAGGUGAUGAAGGUGAUUACGACGAAGCUACCUGGAUGGAAAUGGAGGAGGAGAAGGCAGAGGGUGUGGAAUAUCGUAGUCGGCCCGCCAACUUGACUCCCGCACAAGUGGAAAUUGCGAUUGACGAGGCAGUUGAAGACUUCAAGCACGAAUGGUGGGAGACAAAAUUGGCCGGCGUCCAGAAAAGAGCUUACCGCCACUGGAUAGAAGCAGCCCGCCUAAAGAACCGCCAGCCCAAGAUUCAGUACUUCAGGAAGUCCAAGGCUCACUGCUUGCAAAGAAUGAUGAAGCUUAGGCGCGAGGUGGCCGGCAACACCUGGCGCAAUGCAGCCGAAGUCAAGAGACAGUGUCAGGUUCUUGAGGUGACUGUGCAUCAGCACGAAGAAUACAGCUACUACGCCCAGGUCAUGCUGCAGGAUUCACCUCCAGAGAAACCCAGCAAGGAAGCUCUGUCGAAGGCAUAUGUGCCGAAGCAACACGAUCUCGAGGAAGGAGAAGAAAUUAUAGAGUCGGAGCCAGAAGCUUAUUCAGAGGACGAUGAUCAUACCUUCAUCGACGACAAUGAUAUCGACGACAAUUCUUCCGAUCUCGGAUCCAUUCACCAUGAUCCUGAAGCAGAGGAAUGGAACCCGGAGAAUUGGAAACCGAUUAAUAAAGCCGAUAAGGGGGUGCCAGAACCCACUGUCGCCAAAGCAGGAUCUCCGCUGGGCACACAAAAAUCUCCUCUGGAUGACACAAUGAUGCCUGAUGCCAACGCAGACGAUGCGGAUGUGGAGAGCGAUGAUGACGACGAUAUCAUCACACCAAAUCGACGGAAGACCAAGCUCAUUAUGGCCGAGGUGGCUCCUCAAACACCGGUCCCUAGACGUCAAGUCCCUCUUACGAAGCCAAAACCCUCUUUGGCAAAGGAAGCCAGAUCUUCAGAUGAUUCUGACCUGGACCGCACCCCACGCCUUCCCAAGUCCAAGUACCGGGACCGUGGGCGAUCUACUGCUGCACCUAUCGAUUUGACCGUUGAUAGCCCCUAUUCAGGGCUGGAGAGAACCACCAGUGGGCCAUCGAGCGAUUUCAGCGUCCACACACCAAAGCUCAAUCCGGUCCAAGUCAAGCCACACAAGAAGACGCCCAGCCAUGUCUCUGAAACAGCGGAUUCUGGCCCAUGUCACACCUCCUCACACGAUGAUACGAAUCUACCAAAGUGGGAUGACGUUGAAGGAAUGAGGGCUGCAUAUUGGUCCGAUAUGGAGCCUGCAGACACUCGGCGUGCGCUUGCAAAGUGUGUCUUCACUCUUGCAGAGGAGUCUGCUGUUGAUCUAGCUUCGCUUCUGACCACAUUAUCCACCGACGAAGUCAGGGAGAAAUGCCUAGUCGAAGGAUUGGCAAUCGUCCAUUUGAAAGGUUUUAGGGUCACAGCGCUUCCACGCAAGGAUCAAUCAUCUGUGCGGAUAUUGGUCUUGCUCUAUGUCACACACUGCACUGGCUACAAUGCUCUGGAAAACCCUGUCAACCAGGUUCACAGACAGCAGGCAUAUAAAGACAAAGACACAGCGCUCCAUCCUUUCUUUGAGACACUGGGAAAGCUCCUCCAGCUUCGCUUCAAGCAUGACGCACAAAAGAAAGGGCAAAAGCGAAAGAGGGACCAAGAAGCUUUGUCGGAUAUUGAGAUGCUUGAUGACACGGAAACCGAAAUCGCCGACUAUAUAUCGACGGAUGACCUGGAAGCAGCCGUCCGACCCUCUUCUCAUAAGAAACGAAAGCGCAAAGUCGAAGAGAGUCAAGAAGCUAUGUCCCAGCAGUACAAUGACAAGAUGCGUAUUCAAGCGCAAGAAAAGCGUCGCAAAGACAUGGCUAAGAAGCUUGCAAUGAUGCAGCCGGACGGCACUACUGACUCUCAUGUCAUCAUCAACACAGAGGAGCCACUCAUCGAGCUACAUGAGCAUAUUGCCGGACGUGUCAAACCACAUCAAGUCGCUGGACUACAGUUCAUGUGGCGGGAGAUCAUUGAAGACCCGAAACACCAAGGCUGCAUCCUGGCACACACAAUGGGACUUGGCAAAACAAUGCAGGUGGUGUCACUGCUUGUAACCAUUUCGCUAUGUAGUCAAAGCAGUGACCCGAAAGUCAGACAACUCAUUCCCCAGCAUCUUCAACGCAACAAAACUCUGGUCCUUGCGCCGGCAUCUUUACUCAACAACUGGGAGGAUGAGCUUCUCAUGUGGACGCCUCAAGGAACCACCAUUCUCGGCGCUAUCCACAAAUGCGACCUUCCGAGAGCAGAAGACAACACCCGAGCCAUCAUGAAUUGGUCGAAGAAGGGCGGCGUGUUACUCAUGGGGUACGAGCGCUUCCGAUUAUCAAUCACAAACAGCAUCAAGGACAAAAAGAAGGGUGCUGUCGCGGUUGAUCUUGAGCAGAUUUUGCUGGAAGUGCCGAGCAUGGUCAUCGCGGAUGAGGCCCAUACACUCAAGAACCCCAAGUCAAAGAUCAACGAAUAUUCGAAGCGGUUCAAGACAAUCAGUCGCAUUGCUCUGACCGGGUCGCCUCUCAACAACCAUCUCGAGGAGUACCAUACUCUAGUGGACUGGAUCGCGCCUGGGUAUUUGGGCACCAUGGUUCAAUUUCGUGUCAAGUAUUCGGAGCCUAUCAGAGAUGGUCUCUGGUCUGACAGCACUGCACACGAAAAGCGGCUCGCACUUCGCAAGCUGCAUGUGCUGAAGAGAGAUCUCGAUCCCAAGAUCAACCGAGCUGAUAUCACUGCCAUUGAAAACGAUAUGCCUUCGAAGACGGAGUUUUUCAUCACGAUACCCCUCACUCCACUGCAGACGGACGCGUACAAUAUCUACGUACACCACAUGGUACAAACCUAUGCUCUGAUGGGGGCCGGAAGUAGCCAUGCCAGGAUUUGGGAUUGGAUUGCAAUGCUGUCAUGGCUUUGCCACCAUCCUGCUGGAUUUGUCACCAAACUGCAAGAGCGUCAGAGAAAGGCACUGGAGGGUAAGGACGUGCGCAAUCAGACCAGUAAUGCCCAGGAUCUGAGUGAAAGCUCAGACGAAGCACCAGUUAUUGAGGAAGGCAGGACACCGGAAGCUAUCAAGGAGGAUACCGAUGUCGACGUUACGGGCCCAAUGCGUCAGGCGAUGGAGGCCGUCUUACAGAUCCUUCCCGACAUCAAUGACCGCGCCGCUCUAUUCGAUCCAACUCUGUCUUACCGUACACUUGCUGUGCAGCGCAUUGUGGAAAAGGCUACGGAAGCUGGAGAUAAGACCUUGAUAUUCAGUCACAGCAUCCCCACGCUAAACUACCUUGCGGACAUGCUGGCAGCUAUGAAUUGCACGUUCUGCCGAAUUGAUGGCAAGACAAAGGUCUCGGAACGACAAGCACAGGUGAAGGAGUUCAACGAAAAAAACCGCUUCCAGGUCUUCUUGAUCUCGAUGCGAGCGGGAGGUCUGGGGCUGAACUUGCAAGGCGCGAAUCGUGUUAUCGUGUUUGACUUCAGCUUCAAUCCGAUCUGGGAGCAACAGGCCAUCGGCAGGGCAUAUCGUCUGAACCAGGAGAGACCAGUCUUUGUCUAUCGUUUUCAAGCUGGAGGUACUUUUGAGGACAAGUUGUUCAAUACCGCCGUCUUCAAGACUCAACUGUUUGGACGCGUGGUCGACAAGAAGGCACCAAGACCAAAUGCCAGCAAGAAGACCGACAUGCAAUACCUCUUUCCGGUCAAAGAGGUCCCCCAGGAAGAUCUCAGCGAGAGUCUUGGCAAGGAUCCGAAAGUCCUUGACGCCAUCAUCCACGACCUUGGGUUUGUUCGUAGCAUUGUCUUGACCGAGACGUUUCAGAAGGAGGACGAUGAGCGCUUGGACGCGGAGGAGCAGAAGGCGGCCGAGGAAGAAUAUCAGAAUGAGCGUCUCCAGCGAGACGAUCCUGUGGCUUGGCAGGCGAAAGAGACGGCUCGACUGGCCCAAGAGCGUAAGCAGCAGCAGCAGCUACAGCAGGCCGCGUUUUAUCAUCCGACACCACCGAUGCCGCACCUACCAAACGGUUCAGCAUUCACUCCAUUCCCAGCCUCAGCCACCUCUGGUGUCCCGCGAUCCAAGAAGUACAGUUUUGUACAGCCGCCAUUCGGCAGAGAGGACAUAAGGAAGCUGGCACAGCCGGAGCGACCUCAGCCUGUUCAGAACACCAACAACCCCAGUGUGCGCGGCUCAUACGACGAUACCUACUGGAACCCCAAUCAGAUCAAUCGCCCUGCGUCCAGUCAUGAUCGUGACGGUCGGUCUUAG